AUGCUGCCUGCAGUAGUACGCCAGCUUUCACGGGGAUUGCAUCGAACUACAGCUGUAGCACUGUCUACAUCUGUGCCCGUGAAGCAGGCAGGCGAGGAGAAGAAGAAGAAAGACCCAACCAUUCUGAAGCUCGACGAGGAAAAACGGACGAAACUAGCGAAUUUUGGUCGAUAUGUAGCAGAAUGUCUUCCGAAAUUUGUUCAGCAAGUCCAAUUCGCUGCUGGAGAUGAACUGGAGCUUCUUAUUCAUCCAUCCGGCGUUGUACCUGUGAUGUCAUUUCCUGAAAGGAAACCACUCAGGCACAGUUCACAAACCUCACGUUUGUGUGCGGCGUUGAUGUUCCAACCAGGCAAAAUCGUUUUGAGGUUGUUUACUCUCUGUUUUCCGUUCGUUUUAUGGCACGUUGCCGUGUGCGAACCUACACCGAUGAGGUAG